UUCGCCCUUUUCGUUUAGUAUAAAUUGGUACCUGGUCGGAGCGGUUUAACAGUCACAGAGUGAAGCGCAGAGUGGAAACUUAACUGCCCGCCAAACAUAAUUCAUACACAUUUUUAAGUUUACUUAACAAAUUUAUUUACAAAAAUGGUUCACUGGGUACAUUCCUCCUCCCACUCCGGUGUCCCGCAUGACGCUGUCCGAGGUGGUCACGAUGUGGACGGAUCCCCGAUCUAUGUCGGUCGUGCUUUCCACGAUGGCGAGAACCUGCCCGCCAAGGUGAUCCCCAGCAAGGGAUGCGCCUACGUGGCCCACGAUGGCCAUGAGCACCAAAAGGGCCAAUACGAGAUUCUGGUGGGCCACCACUACUCCUGGGUGCCCAGCUCCAACGGUCAUGUGCCCCACCGGGCUGUGGAGAGUGGACACACGCGAUCGGGUGAGCCCCUGUUCGUGGGUCGAGGUCACCACGCCGGCAGCCUGGUGGUGGGCAAGGUGCACCGAUCCCACGGAUGCCUGUACAUCCCUUUCGGUGGCCAGGAGAUCAAGAUCCACAACUACGAGGUGCUGGUCCACCACUAAUUCAAAGCUGCCUUUUUUAGAAUUUUCCAAUUGACUUUAAUAUUUAACUUUUUUUAAUAAAUGAUUAUUUAAAUAUA